AUGAAGAGAGGGACCGUGUGGCUGGAGAAGUUUUCUGCCUUGGAUUUUGUUGAUGAGAAGGUUGGGAUAGUUGAGCCUGCAAAAGUGCCUCCGAUAGAGUCUACUCCAUUCAAGCUUGUGGCAGCAGUCAAAGAUUUGAAGGAGUUAGCUGCUAAAUUACACAGUGCCGAUGAAUUUUCAGUUGAUCUAGAACAUAAUCAGUAUAGAUCUUUUCAAGGAUUAACUUGCUUGAUGCAAAUAUCUACUAGAACUGAGGAUUUUGUCGUGGAUACGCUAAAGCUUCGCAUUCACAUUGGUCCAUACCUUAGGGAAGUAUUCAAGGACCCCACCAAGAAAAAGGUCAUGCAUGGCGCAGAUCGUGAUAUUGUGUGGCUUCAACGCGACUUUGGAAUAUAUAUAUGCAAUUUGUUCGACACUGGACAGGAGGCUGGAUUUGGAUUGGCUUUCAAAGCAACUGUCAAUGGGAUUGUGAGGAAUUAUCGGCCAAAGAAUCUGGAGUGA